AUGCUUUCGGUUGCGUCACAGUUCUGGCGCUUGGUACCGGAAGGCGCGCUGACUCAGCAUGAGCGGCGGAGUUGCUACGACCUCGCCAUCGGCCAUUUCGAGAAGAUGGCUCAUGAUGGGGUGACAAAAUUGGUCAUCUGCUCGACCCCUCCGAACGAGCGUGUCUUGCUGCAACUAGCCUUUGGGUUAGCGAUGCUGGAAGAAGCGCCGUCAGAACUUUACGCCUCUGGAGCUGGAGAGCAAUUUCCUUCUGGAAACCACACUGGAGAAUGUGUGAACUGGCUCCUCUUCGAAUCCCCAUUCCCGGCAAUCUAG